GCAGGCGGAUGGGCGGAAGGUGCUGCGCUCCAGCAUCCGCGAGUUCCUGUGCAGCGAGGCCAUGUUCCACCUGGGGAUCCCGACCACCCGCGCCGGCACCUGCGUCACCUCCGACUCCAGAGUCCUUCGGGACAUCUUUUAUGAUGGGAACCCAAAACAUGAAAGGUGUACAGUCGUUCUGAGAAUAGCCUCUACAUUUAUAAGGUUUGGCUCUUUUGAAAUUUUUAAGCCCCCUGAUGAGUACACAGGACGCAAGGGUCCCAGCGUGAACCGAAAUGACAUUCGAAUACAGAUGCUCGAUUAUGUGAUCAGCACUUUCUACCCAGAAAUCCAGGAGGCUCAUUCAGGCAACACUGUUCAGAGGAAUGCUGCUUUCUUCAAAGAGGUCACCAGGCGCACGGCGAGGCUGGUUGCGGAGUGGCAGUGUGUGGGGUUUUGCCAUGGCGUGCUGAAUACAGAUAACAUGAGCAUUGUUGGACUGACCAUUGACUAUGGCCCUUUUGGCUUUAUGGACAGGUAUGACCCUGAGCAUGUGUGCAAUGGUUCUGAUAACACAGGGCGCUAUGCCUACAACAAACAGCCUGAGAUUUGCAAGUGGAACCUGGGGAAACUUGCUGAAGCUUUAGUUCCAGAGCUGCCCUUGGAAAUAAGCCAACUCAUCCUGGAGGAGGAAUAUGAUGCAGAAUUUGAGAAACACUAUUUGCAGAAGAUGAGAAAAAAACUAGGCCUAAUCCAACUGGAAUUAGAAGAAGAUAGCAAGCUGGUGUCUGAACUGCUUGAAACCAUGCAUCUCACAGCUGGAGACUUCACAAAUAUUUUUUACUUGCUGAGUUCAUUCUCAGUAGACAUUGAUCCUUCAAAAUUUGAAGAUUUCUUAGAAGAGCUUACAAGUCAGUGUGCUUCUGUGGAAGAGUUGAAAGUUGUUUUUAAACCACAGAUGGAUCCAAGACAGCUGUCAAUGAUGCUGAUGUUGGCUCAGUCUAACCCUCAGCUGUUAGCAUUAAUUGGAACAAAAGCUAAUAUAAAUAAAGAGCUGGAACGCAUUGAACAGUUCUCCAAACUGCAGCAGUUAACAGCAGAUGAUUUACUUAGCAGAAAUAAAAGACACUGGAAGGAAUGGCUGGAGAAAUACAGAGUUCGUUUGCAGAAGGAAAUAGAAAGUGUUGGUAAUGCUGAUGCCUGGAACACUGAGCGUGUCAAAGUCAUGAAUUCAAACAAUCCAAAAUAUAUCUUGAGGAAUUACAUUGCCCAGAAUGCCAUAGAAGCAGCUGAAAAUGGGGAUUUCUCAGAGGUAAGAAAGGUACUGAAGCUUUUAGAACAUCCAUUCCAAGAAGCAGAAGGGUUCCAGGAGGUGAAGGAGGAUGCAGAAGAGGAGGGAGCAGCUGCAGCAGCUGCUUGUUCUCAGGAGAGCAGAAGCAAACAAUCCUAUUGCAGCAAACCUCCGCUCUGGGCUUCGGAGCUCUGCGUUACGUGAUCUUCAUAACUGCCUUGCUUUGUUUUUUGCUGUCAACUGAAGACUCUGAUCCUCCUUCAGCAGUGAAGAAUUCAGCAAGGCAAACAUCAAAGUGCUAUUAAGUUAUUGAAACAACACUACAUUUGGAUGCAUCUGCAGCAGUCUUCAGCUGUGCUUAACUUGAAGGAAUUGUGGAUCUUGGAACAGACCAGUGACAAUCAACAGCCCAUACACAUCAGUAAUAUAAAUGUUUAAAGACCCAAAGUCUUUCCUUUAUCCUCACUACAUUGCAAGUUAAAAGCAGUAUUUUAUCUUGAGGCAGGCUGAACUUCAAUCAUCCAAAUGGAAUUGUUGUUAUGUGAAGACAAAAAUAGCAAGUCAGGAAUCUGAUCUGUUUUUGUCUGAUGUCUUAACUAAUAGUACUUCUGGUAUUUAUUUACUGCUUUCUCUAUGCAGAAACUUUUAGUCCUCUUUAAUGGAGGAACAGAUUCAGUGUUGCUUGUUUGAAGCUAUGUUUCAUUUAAUUAAGUAGUUCAUUUCUUCUGAACCUUCAGAUUGGUAUUUAAUCCUUAUCUAUUUUCUGAGAAUGUGUGCAGGCUAGAAUUUGGGGGGAGCAAUUGAAUUUUUUUAAGAGCAGAAUUAAGGGAGAUUACAUACAUCUGCACUUGAAAACUUUGUGGUGAAGUUUAUUCAGGUUCAGUAUGUUUGCACACAACACCCAUAGAUAUCUGCUAAACUCAGGAGUGCAGUUUGUAACUCAAUUGCCUUGGGCAGGAUCCAUAAGCCAAAUUAGCUUGAGCCUUAAACUACCCCAGCACUCAGA